AUGCACCAAGUAUUGGAGGGAAUAUGUUCCCACUCUGAUUGUCCGUUCUUUAAUAAAAAGGCCUUUCUACGGCUCUAUAGACAUUUCAACAACUUAAAGAGCCAAGAGCCUCUGAAAUGGGAAAGCAUUCAGCAUGUCGAUGAUAAACAUAUUAAAAAUUACAAUCGUCUACUUGAACCAACGGAACAGGCCAUCGCUUCAGCCCUUUCGAAAUUAGUCGUUCUCAAACUGAAUGGAGGUCUUGGAACGUCAAUGAACUGCCACGGAACAAAGUCAUUAAUACCAGACCUCAAUAAACAAUACAAUUCAAAUGUUCCUUUUGUUUUGAUGAAUUCAUUUAAUACCCAUGACGAAACAAUGGAAUUCCUUCAGAGAAUUCAGAUAAACCAGACAAAGCCUAUCAUAGUUCAGCAAAAUAGAUUUCCAAGAUUGCGGGAGGAGUCUGGUUUGCCAAUUGCGAACUCCUGUCAGCUGGAAGAACUUCAUGAUCAAGCUUGGUAUCCACCGGGUCACGGUGACGUCUACAGAUCACUACAAAAUGCAGGACUGUUGGACAGAUUCAUUGAAGAGGGAAAGCAUUGGAUUUUCAUAUCCAAUAUCGAUAAUAUUGGCGCGGUUCCUGAUCCUAAAAUUCUGUGCUGGUUGGAGGAGCAGGAAAAGAUGGGUGCGGAGCAUGGAAUUGAUUUUCUGAUGGAAAUCGCUGAUAAAACUCCGGUAGAUAGGAAAGGCGGGACUCUUGCCAUCCAUAACGGAGCUCUCAAACUUCUGGAAAUUGCCCAAGUUCCAGAAGGCCAUAUAAAAGACUUUCUGGAUCCCGAACAAUUCAAAUUCUUUAACACCAAUAACUUAUGGAUCAAUAUUAAGACUUUGAGGGAUAAACUCAUGGACAAUGAACUUAAAUUGGAUUUGAUUGUAAACAAAAAGACACUUAAAGAUGGGACCAAAGUCAUUCAGCUUGAAGAGGCCUGUGGUGCAGCAAUCAACUGUUUCAAGAAGCCAAUGGGUUUGAGAGUCCCGCGAAGUCGUUUUCUGCCUGUGAAACUAACCUCUGAUCUGCUGAUCCUGCGAUCGGAUCUGUUUGAGGCUACAACCACUGGUUUGAAACGUUCACCAAAGCAUACAUUGCCCGAUCUUCCAACUAUCGAAUUCAGCAGUCAUUUUAACGGUGUCGAAGAUCUUGAACAACGGAUAUCUGAUCCACCAAGUAUGAUUCACCUUCGACAUCUAAUCCUCAAUGGGAAUAUUCGUUUUGGGACUAAUGUCACUCUCAAAGGAAGAGUGGAAAUAACACCGAGAACUGACGAAAUCUUCCUUAUUCCUGAUGGAAUUACUCUCGAAGAUACAGUUAUUAUAGAGCCAAUUCAAGGCCAUAAUCAUUAA